GGGGGGGCCAAAUAAAAGCGAUGGCGAUUGGACUGCCGCGUUUGGCGCUCGGUCCGGUCGCGUCCGACACCCAGUGGGACACAGAAGGCAGUGGAGCCCCGGCGGCGGCGGCGGCGCGCGGGGGCGACGCGCGGGAACAGCGCGAGCCGGCGCGCGGGACGAAGAAUAAUCAUGGGCCAGACUGGGAAGAAAUCUGAGAAGGGACCAGUUUGUUGGCGGAAGCGUGUAAAAUCAGAGUACAUGCGACUGAGACAGCUCAAGAGGUUCAGACGAGCUGAUGAAGUAAAGAGUAUGUUUAGUUCCAAUCGUCAGAAAAUUUUGGAAAGAACGGAAAUCUUAAACCAAGAAUGGAAACAGCGAAGGAUACAGCCUGUGCACAUCCUGACUUCUGCCAUUCACCUGCUCUUCCCUCUACGAUUUUCCAUAACACAGUUUUUACUUGGAACCAGCCUUCUGCCAAGAGUCUCAGUUUGGUUGUGUACUCCUACAACUACUAUUUUUGGCUUGACUUCCCUCUCCAGCUCCCAGUGGUCCAGCCACACAGUCGCCUAUUGUACCAGCUGGUUGAUUGUUCGGUGACCAGUGACUUGGAUUUUCCAACACAAGUCAUCCCAUUAAAGACUCUGAAUGCAGUUGCUUCAGUACCCAUAAUGUAUUCUUGGUCUCCCCUACAGCAGAAUUUUAUGGUGGAAGAUGAAACUGUUUUACAUAACAUUCCUUAUAUGGGAGAUGAAGUUUUAGACCAGGAUGGUACUUUCAUUGAAGAACUAAUAAAAAAUUAUGAUGGAAAAGUACACGGGGAUAGAGAAUGUGGGUUUAUAAAUGAUGAAAUUUUUGUGGAGUUGGUGAAUGCCCUUGGUCAAUAUAAUGAUGAUGACGAUGAUGAUGAUGGAGACGAUCCUGAAGAAAGAGAAGAAAAACAGAAAGAUCUGGAGGAUCACCGAGAUGAUAAAGAAAGCCGCCCACCUCGGAAAUUUCCUUCUGAUAAAAUUUUUGAAGCCAUUUCCUCAAUGUUUCCAGAUAAAGGCACAGCAGAAGAACUAAAGGAAAAAUAUAAAGAACUCACCGAACAGCAGCUCCCAGGCGCACUUCCUCCUGAAUGUACCCCCAACAUAGAUGGACCAAAUGCUAAAUCUGUUCAGAGAGAGCAAAGCUUACACUCCUUUCAUACGCUUUUCUGUAGGCGAUGUUUUAAAUAUGACUGCUUCCUACAUCGUAAGUGCAAUUAUUCUUUUCAUGCAACACCCAACACUUAUAAGCGGAAGAACACAGAAACAGCUCUAGACAACAAACCUUGUGGACCACAGUGUUACCAGCAUUUGGAGGGAGCAAAGGAGUUCGCUGCUGCUCUCACUGCUGAGCGGAUAAAGACCCCACCAAAACGCCCAGGAGGCCGCAGAAGAGGACGGCUUCCCAAUAACAGUAGCAGGCCCAGCACCCCCACCAUUAAUGUGCUGGAAUCAAAGGAUACAGACAGUGAUAGGGAAGCAGGGACUGAAACGGGGGGAGAGAACAAUGAUAAAGAAGAAGAAGAGAAGAAAGACGAAACUUCGAGCUCCUCUGAAGCAAAUUCUCGGUGUCAAACACCAAUAAAGAUGAAGCCAAAUAUUGAACCUCCUGAGAAUGUGGAGUGGAGUGGUGCUGAAGCCUCAAUGUUUAGAGUCCUCAUUGGCACUUACUAUGACAAUUUCUGUGCCAUUGCUAGGUUAAUUGGGACCAAAACAUGUAGACAGGUGUAUGAGUUUAGAGUCAAAGAAUCUAGCAUCAUAGCUCCAGCUCCCGCUGAGGAUGUGGACACUCCUCCAAGGAAAAAGAAGAGGAAACACCGGUUGUGGGCUGCACACUGCAGAAAGAUACAGCUGAAAAAGGACGGCUCCUCUAACCAUGUUUACAACUAUCAACCCUGUGAUCAUCCACGGCAGCCUUGUGACAGUUCGUGCCCUUGUGUGAUAGCACAAAAUUUUUGUGAAAAGUUUUGUCAAUGUAGUUCAGAGUGUCAAAACCGCUUUCCGGGAUGCCGCUGCAAAGCACAGUGCAACACCAAGCAGUGCCCAUGCUACCUGGCCGUCCGAGAGUGUGACCCUGACCUCUGUCUUACUUGUGGAGCCGCUGACCAUUGGGACAGUAAAAAUGUGUCCUGCAAGAACUGCAGUAUUCAGCGGGGCUCCAAAAAGCAUCUAUUGCUGGCACCAUCUGAUGUGGCAGGCUGGGGGAUUUUUAUCAAAGAUCCUGUGCAGAAAAAUGAAUUCAUCUCAGAAUACUGUGGAGAGAUUAUUUCUCAAGAUGAAGCUGACAGAAGAGGGAAAGUAUAUGAUAAAUACAUGUGCAGCUUUCUGUUCAACUUGAACAAUGAUUUUGUGGUGGAUGCAACCCGCAAGGGUAACAAAAUUCGUUUUGCAAAUCAUUCGGUAAAUCCAAACUGCUAUGCAAAAGUUAUGAUGGUUAACGGCGAUCACAGGAUAGGUAUUUUUGCCAAGAGAGCCAUCCAGACUGGUGAAGAGCUGUUUUUUGAUUACAGGUACAGCCAGGCUGAUGCCCUGAAGUAUGUCGGCAUCGAAAGAGAAAUGGAAAUCCCUUGACACCUGCUACCUCCUCCCCCUCCUCUGAAACAGCUGCCUUAGCUUCAGGAACCUCGAGUACUGUGGGCAAUUUAGAAAAAGAAAAUGCAGUUUGAAAUUCUGAAUUUGCAAAGUACUGUAAGAAUAAUUUAUAGUAAUGAGUUUAAAAAUCAACUUUUUAUUGCCUUCUCACCAGCUGCAAAGUGUUUUGUACCAGUGAAUUUUUGCAAUAAUGCAGUAUGGUACAUUUUUCAACUUUGAAUAAAGAAUACUUGAACUUGUC